GUGAUUAUCAGUGACACAGUAAUUAUCGCCUCUCUCGACGGAUUAUCAAUUUUAUCGUCGAGGAUUUGCCGAGCGUGCCGCCGCUACGGCAGAGCUGCCCGUGGCCUCACUCGCAAGGUAAAGCUCGUCUACCGACACACGUUACCAACAUAGACUGUCAUAGACUGACAGCUGUCCCAGCUAGACAGCGUGUGAGCACCGUCCCAAGCACCUUCGUCAGGAUCUUCCGCCUCCUUCUUCCUUGGCUCGUCCUUCGGGCGGACCGCCGCGGCGAUCGCACGUGGCUCGAUCAACGGACGACGGGACGGACCUCGACUCGAGUUUAGUCUCCGCGUGAAGGGGCACCGAGGGGUACCGUGCCACCGUGUCGCUUCCCGUUUGUCAUAAUGCGCGGCUCGCGCGCCGCCGUCGCCGUCGUCGUCGAUCGCCGUUGAGAUUACUCUCUUCCGCCUGUGGCAACGUAGCCCCGGUCCGUCGUAUCCACGUGUGAUGUAAAUAAUUGCCAUGACUCAUACGGGUCGUACGAGCGACACGGGACACGACGCUUCCAUAUGACUUGCGAUCACGAGGACCCUCCGGAUCGCGGAUAUGAUCGCGACGCCCAAGGAACGAUACUUGGACGACACGUUUAGGAAUCCAUGUGUAACAAAUAUGUACUGACGUGCGCCGCAACGUGUGGAAACCCCUUAAGGUGACACUUGGUUUUGUCAUGCGGAAUAGAUCAGUCAGUAUCAUCUUUGGGUCCCUUAUCUUAUGGGCUGUGGCUACAUACUUUUUAUUUUUGGAUCAACAAUCAGUCGGCAAGGAUCAGGAUAAGGACAAGGACAAGCUAUCAAAUCAAAUAAGCAGGUUGGAGAAGCAAGUAAAACAACAGAUAAUCAUAAACCAGGAGCUUCUGGAAGGAAUCAAGGAGAGCAAACGUCUUAAGAAAGAAUACGAUAGAUUAAGCGCUGCCCAAUUGCCAAUAGAUGAUACAGAGAAAGAUAAACACAAAAAACAUGAGACUAAUAAGAAGAGUAUAUUAUUGCAAAAAAUCGAAAACAAUAAUAAGUGGAAGGGGUCUCAAAAUGAACAGGGGCCGACACAGGAUACUAUCCUAUCUACUGAGGCAACACACAGUACUCCUUCGAGGCAAAAGCUUCCCGAUGGAUCUCCAAUAAUCGCUAUUUUGGUCGUUUCUUGUAAUCGUAUUACAGUAGAGCGGUGUUUAAACCAAUUAAUUAAGUUAAGACCUAGUAAAGAACAGUUUCCAAUAAUUGUAUCGCAAGACUGUGAUCAUCGACAAACUGCUGAUGUCAUAGCGAGAUAUGGAAACCAGCUGCUACAUAUAAAGCAACCUGAUCAAUCCGAUAUUGAAAUACCACCUAAAGAGAAAAAAUUCAGAGGAUACUUCAAAAUCGCACGCCAUUAUAAAUGGGCAUUGAAUCAAGUAUUUCUAAAGCUUGGUUAUAAUACAGCAAUUAUAGUUGAAGACGACUUGGACGUCGCACCAGACUUUUAUGAGUACUUCCUGGGGACUUACCCCCUAUUAGUGAACGAUAGCUCUCUAUGGUGUGUAUCAGCGUGGAAUGAUAAUGGUAAAGCUGGCUUGGUGGACGAACACGCGCCACAUUUACUUUAUAGGACAGAUUUCUUUCCUGGCUUAGGUUGGAUGCUCACGCGCGACUUAUGGUUGGAGCUUGCACCAAAAUGGCCCAAAUCAUAUUGGGACGAUUGGAUAAGACAACCGGAACAGCGCAAGAAUAGAGCUUGCAUCCGCCCGGAAAUCUCGCGAACCAGAACAUUCGGCAAACUUGGAGUCAGCAACGGCUUAUUCUUUGAAAAACACUUGAAGUACAUCAAGCUGAAUGAACAAUUUGUGCCUUUCACCAAAAUGAAUCUAUCCUAUUUACUAAAAGAUAAUUAUGAUAUAGCUUUCGUCAACCAAGUGUAUCAGUCGACAGUGGUUAGUUAUUCAGAAUUGAAGAGUGGAAAUAUAGUUGCUCCUGGUCCAGUACGGAUACCAUACUACACUCGUCAAUCGUUUAAAAAUACUACCAAAUUGCUUGGUCUAAUGGACGAUUUCAGAAGCGGUGUGCCGAGAUCAGGAUAUCGCGGAGUCGUGACAUUUUUCUAUAAUAGGAGACGCGUGCAUUUAGCACCGAGUGCAAACUGGAGCGGUUAUGAUAUAACAUGGAGCUAACACAUGAUCAUGCUCUACAAAGACUUAUAGAUUGCACGAUAUUACGUGUAUUUCUUCUUUGGUAUUCAACAGACUAUGUGAAUACUAAAACAAUUGCAAGCUGACAGUGAAAUCUGUAUUUAUGUCUACAGUGUACGGCUAUGCUCCGUAGAAUUAAGUAGAAGCCGGUAUUACAUUCCUCAUGUAAACGGUUUUGAACGUGAUCUUUUCUUGCAGAAACACGUCAGAUAUAUUUCAAUAAGUUUACAUGUACGUGAUUUAUGUUUAAAUGAAUAUUACAUGUAUAUAUUCAUUUACAUACAUCAUGUAUUGUAUAUCUGCGUUUCUAAAAAUUACAUUCGUCGUUUUUUAGUAUAUAAACUUAAAUGAUUGCUGAAAUUGAUCGUAUCUCAUGUACAUAAAAUGCCGUAGUAAUAUUGAUAAAGCAAUACUCUUGAUUAAUUAUCAUGUAUCUUCCAAAACGCGAAUGUGUUGAUAUAUUUUUGCUCAUAUGCUGCUUUUGAGAAUUAAUUUUGUUAUGAAGUCAUGUGACAAAUGAAGUAUAUAAUUUUAUCGAAAAACCUAAUCAAACUCUGCAUCUGCAUUAUUUAUCCUACAUGAGCUAUAUAUUUCUUAACUCUUUGCCAAAGAUCUAUCUUAAUCUAAA